CAGCUCAUACAACGAUCGACCGACGUAGCCACUGGCAACGAUGACGAUGCAAACGACAACCAACACCACCUUUACCGUACGCAAGAUGACCGGCCGCCGGAUCUCCAAGCUGUCCACCAUCCUGCUCUUCUGCGCCGCUUUGCUGCUGACCAAGUCCUGCGGCAUUGUGGCCCUCAGCGGCGACGGCGAGUCCGCCAGCUCGGGCCAGGGCUUGGCCCAGGCAGAGCCCUGGAGCGAUACCACCACCAUCACCACGCUGCAGCCAGGCGAAGAGGGCAGCGGCGACUGGGAUACCACAACCUUAACCAAUGAGGAGACAACCGAAGCUUCGGCGAAUGAGGAGACCCCGAUUACCACGCUAUCGCCCGAGGAGACGACUCAGCCGGAAGAGGAGACCACCAAGGCAGACAUUGAUGAUGAGACAAGCACCGCGGCCGCAGGAGGUUCUGGCAACGGUGAGACCACCACACCGGCCGAGCAGGAGAGCUCUUCUAGCGGCUCUGGCGAUGGAGAGACCACCACUGAUGCUCCCGAGAACUCCUCCUCCACCUCAGCACCCGAACAGUCCUCCUCCUCGGUGGCCCCAGAGAGUUCAGCCGCUCCCGAAGAUACAACCACUGUGGAGCCAGAGACUACCAGCUCCACCGCUGCUCCGGACACCACCAUUGCACCCACGCCGCCUACCUUCAACUGCCAGACGGCUGGACUCUUCCCCGACAUCAACGGCAACUGCCAGCGCUAUCACAACUGCCUGCUGAAUCCUGUGCUGCACCAGCUCCAGGAUGUGGAGGUGACCUGCCCCGAUCUGACCGUUUUCUCGGCGAGCCUCAAGCGUUGCGUACGCGAUGUGGCCGAGUGCCCGGAUGACACCUUCCAGUGUCCCGGAGUGGGACGAUUUGCCGGACACGAUGAUACCUACUACUAUAGCUGCGUGGCCAGCUUGCAGGGUGGCUUCCACAAGUUCGUGGUGCGCUGCUCCAGUGGCCAGCGAUUUGAGGCCACCAUCGGUGGCUGCUGGCGUUACGACUGGACCCAGAUUGUGCCCGGACAGGAGGCCAGCGAGGUCAGCGAUUUGGCGGCCAUCAAGCGGGAGCUGAAACAGUACAAGGCCGAGGAGAAGCUGCGCCUGAAGGCACAGAAGCAGCAGGAGAAGCUGGCCAGGAAGCAGCAGAAGCUGGAGGAGAAGGCCGCCAAAAAGGCGGCCAAGGAGCAGGCCAAGCAGCAGGCCAAGGCCGACAAGGACAAGGCCAAGGGCGAGUCCAUCGAGAGUGCCGAGUCUGCGGAGUAGGCUCCACCCAAUGAGCCACCACUUCUAUGUUGGUCCCUUGCCCUAGUCUAGAGAAAUUAUCUUUUCCCAGCUACUUUUUUUCUUGUUAUAUUUUUAUCCUCUCAUUUUUUUUUUAUUUUUUGCUUCCUGGUAUGAAUAAAGAUCUAAAAAGUA